UGAACUAUUCCUCUAUGCGUACGCAAUAUGCAGUAGCAAAUAGACCCCGUCUAUUAUUGGGUUAAAAGAGCGAAACAAGUGAGUUCUGCUCACGGCAGCUUGGCUCUCAACGAGAAGGGUGUAUUGUUAUUACUGACGAUUGUAUUGCCUACCGUGAGUGGUGGGCGAUGUUGAAGCGUUCGAACCGAGGAGCAGUGGAGUCCUGCAGACUCGGAGCGCCACUGUGAAAGGACAGCAGCGUAGUAAAUGGCUGCGCUCCGAUUGCAUGAACGAGCUGUUGUGAUUCGGAGUAAUCAACACUCAAAACGAAGCUCGUGCGGGGGCAGUAUCGCGAUUUAGUACUCGUGUGGUUGUUUCUGGAUGAGGUAUCUACCCCCAAAAACAGUCGCUCUGAUUGUGUAGUUGGUCAAAGCUAGGGAGACACAGAUUCGCUUGCAAUUGUCGCCCACAUAUAGAAAGCACCAUUUGGUUGAGUCAUUGUCUUUUUUCUAUUGACGUGAUUCUCACUGGUAAUUUAGAAUUAUCGUAGUUGUGGUGAUAAUAGGAGUAGUAGGGGCUGACCAUUUCAGUACGCGAUUAAACUUUGUUGACUGAGUAACUUUUUUGUCAGUUACUCGUUCAGCUGGUUCACCCAGGUAAACUGCUGCCUGUCCACUUAACUUUUGACACAUAAUUUUACGUCUUUCACCAGCUGUUUUGUGCUCGGCCACAAAUUUUUUUGUCGGCCACACAGACUGAAACAGAAUGAGUGGAUGCGUAUCGGCAAUUAUAUAUUGAAAAGAAAAAAGGAAAUAUAUCUGUUUACGGUUUAUUGAGUGUAACCCUCAACACAGACCAGAAAAGUAAGACAAAGAUUAUCGGUAUACUCUAGUGACCUGUGAAGUGACUGUCUCCACACCGCAGCUGACUUAGACCGUAACCUUUUAAGAUUUGGGAGCAAAUUGUAUACGAUUUGCCUUUCGUCGAAAUCCGAGAGCGACUGAAAAGUAAGGGUAGACGUAACAGUGCCGCGCAAAUACCGUAGGGGAGGGGGGGGAAUACUUUACAUAAGAAUCGCGGACUCAAGUAGAUACAAAUUACGAUAGUGGAUACAAGCAUUAGGGAUAACUGUUAGCGGCAAGGUGUGCGGGUGUUUAUCCAGUGAGUGACAUUAUCUGAAGAAUCAUGGUAAAAGAUCGAGCAGACGAGGCCGUCACCCCAGUUCAAACGGGGUCUGGAAAUGGCGCAUCUGUUGGAGCAGGAGGCGGCGGCAGCCGUGCAGGCGGGGGAUCAGAUCCUCCGUCCAGGGAAGGACUUCAACUAAGCAGAUCGCUUCGCAGGACGGUCAGCCAAGUCAAGGAAGAAGCGCAGGACUUUCUUCUACUGACGGAACAGUCGCGGAGUAAAUUAAAAGAGAGGCGACGUUCAGUACUGUCCAAACGCUACAAUCUCAAAACAUGUACACCCGAUACAACACCAAAGCUAACAAAGCCAUCGGUGCUCCAACUCGUUGUCGAAGGCUGUCAGAAGCUCCAGAAGAAAACGCGCAGUAUCAUGGGCCGUGAAACACCAACGGAAAAGCAGUCUGAGAUUGCCAUGUACACGGCGCCGUUGGCGGAACAUCGGAUGGCCUUGUUCCCCGAAAGUAGGAGGAUACGAAUGCAAGCCAUGCUCCGACCGGAACUCGAGGGGCGAGCGCUAUUAGAUAACCUUAUCGACGUACCCACCGCAGACGACGAGCCUGAUUCUGCUACAGGGCACAGUAAAGGAAAAAACUGGCUUUGGUGUAGAGGGACAGCUCCUGAGGACCUGAAAAAACAGAAGCGUCAAGUGAGCGUCACGCAGGGCUUGAAAAAAUUUCUUCAGAUGCAAACUGUAGACGCGAUUGAGUAUCGGCCUAUUUUCACCUACUAUGUCACCGUAGCACAGUUAUUGAUCCUGGUCUUCUCUCUGAGCAUUUACGGUUUCGGACCGUGGGGCUUUACGAAGGAACGCAGGGCCAAUCUUGUGAUGGUGACAUCUUUGACCCUUGAAAACGUUGACGUUGAGGAGCCGCAGAAUAUUUGGUUCGGGAACCGUGAGGCAGACCUCAUUCAUCUUGGUGCACGAUUCACACCGUGCAUAAGGGACGAUCCUGGAAUUCGGGCCGAAAUCGUACGUGAUGUUAAUCGGGAACGGGAAACGGCUUGUUGUGUACGCCAUGAUAGAUCGGGAUGUGUACAGACGCAAAAGGACCAGUGUUCGUCUUCGCUUGAGGGAUCUGUAUCUCCUUCAACUUCGUCAUCGUCUGCUGCGGCCCUAUCUAGUAUCCCUCCGCCAAACGUCAGCAACAGGCACAAGGAAAAUCUAUCGACGUGGCACAGAAAAAUUCAUCACGGCAGCCUCGUUGGGUCAGUCUGCGGCCAGGACCCACGCUACUGCAACGAGCCCGCUUCCAUUGAACCCUAUCGCUGGCCUGAAGAUUUCACAAAAUGGCCAAAAUGUCGUAAACAGCAUGUACCCUCAUCUGUUCGAGGAAGCGGAAGCGGCGCUGGCGAUCUAUCGGCGACUGGCGAUGCUCAUAUGGCUUGCCAGGUCGUUGGUCGACCUUGCUGUCUUGGCACGUACGGCCAAUGCGAAAUCACCACAAGGGAGUACUGCGAUUUCGUGCGAGGCACAUUUCACGAAGAGGCCGCUCUUUGCUCACAGGUCUCUUGUUUGUCGGAUGUCUGCGGAAUGUUUCCGUUCAUUAGGUCGCCAGAUCGUCCCGACCAGUUUUACCGACUAGUGACAUCGUUAUUCUUGCACGCUGGCAUCAUUCAUUUCGCGCUGACGUGCUUUCUUCAGAUGCGGUGGAUGCGUGACGUUGAGAAGAUCUACGGACCACAUCGGAUCGGCACGAUCUACAUGCUGUCGGGGGUUGGUGGAAAUUUGGCAUCGGCUAGCUUCGUACCGUAUCGCGCUGAUGUUGGCCCAUCAGCUGCGCUCUUCGGCAUCAUGGCCAUAUUCAUCGUCGAACUUUGGGAGAUGUGGGACGAAAUCGCAGAUAAACGCCGAGCCGUGUGCCAUGCGGUUGCGCCUAUUCUUGUUGGCCUUGUGUGUGGCUUCACGCCGUGGACCGACAACUUUGGCCAUGUGUUCGGACUUAUUAUCGGUGUGGUGUUGGCCACUAUGCCUCAUGGGGCAAAUCAUGGCGAUGCCAGAUUUCUCAGCCGCCGCUGGUUCUUCGGCCUAGUUACACUAAUCACCAUCUUUUCGGCGCUUACAAUCUGGUUUUAUUACUUCCCGUAUCUACAGUGCAGCUUCUGCCAUUACUUCACGUGUUUGCCACAACUGUUUCAGGAGGCGUGCGAAACUCAUUCCGUCAACUAUAAACCUCGAAUGAAGAUCCACUUCUAACUCUGCAAUAACACUAUUACGAGCAUUAACGGGUACAAUGAUACCAACGAGAACAAUUAAUAACACUGUUGUAAAGAUAUAUCUAUUAUAGUAAUAGAUAGGGUUGAGAAAUAGGUUCGGGAAGUAGCAUCAUCAGAAAUUAUAAAGUGGGAAAAUGUUUGAUCUGCGUAACUUACGGUGUUGGCCUUUUGCUAAGCACGAAGUUCGUAAGUUCAAUAAAAAAAAGAGAUUAGAUAUUGGUUGAUUAAUGAUUAACAGUACAAGUUGAAUUUGACGACGAGCUUUGUCGUUUUUAUAACUCCGGGUAAGUAGCGACCGAGAAAAAGAAUCGCUAGAAGGAAUAUAAUCUUCACGACAAAACUUGUGCGUUCCUCAGUAACCGCUCAAAUAGAGAAAACACAAAAAUGUAAGUGGGUGAAGGCUUACUUGGACGACAUGUCACCCAAUAAUUAAGUGUAAGACACUUGACAGUACUCAAAUACGUCGAAUAUAAGCAACGUGAGAUCAUUGUAAUGUCACCGCAUAAGAGCAUAAUAAUAUAGCGAACCUGUCAGAGCAAUUGACAAAUCGUCAUUAAUUGUUUUCAAAGUCUACGUACUAUGUAGAAAGCAGCAGUUGCAGAUGAAGAUGUAAAGCAAGCUUUACUCACGGAGUAGCUGGCUAAUAUUAGUAUGUAUUUGAAACGGUGCAGCAAAGCGUGGACUUGUACUGAUCAGGCUGUCUUUGAAGUCGCAGCCAUUAGCGACAUAACGCUAGUAUCACAGAGUUACGUUUUCGUUGGGUUUAACCCUCUGUGAUGCGCCCGUGUUUAUUGGAACGAACGACAAAUCGCUAGGCAAAUGGCUAAUUCAUGAUGAAACCGGACUAUUAUUUAAAAGAAACAGUGCUGCCAGAAAUAGCACGCGAUCCGCUAGACUUUUAUGGGAGCGAUCAAUCAUUUUGAUGGACGCAUGUAAUUGGCUUAAACAUGUGGAAUUUAAAAAAAUAGAUUUACUUGAGGGGAACACGUACGACUAUGAAACAGGCUGUUUAACUUCCUAUAUCCAAUGGCAGCCUAAUGGUAUAUGAGUUGAAAAAUGAGCGCACGGAAGACGUAAGAGAUAUCGUGAUUAUCUAGUCAAGAACAAAAAGAAGUAUAUUUGAAGUAGUGACGUAACGACGAGUGAGAGAACGAAAAACCUACGAAUUCGGGGUUGUCGAGACCCGUUCCACCUUUUGAAUUAUUUACUCAUAUGAAAUAGGUUGCGGACAAGGGUAAGGGAGAAAAGAUCUGGCGCAGACACUUGUACAUACGUCAAGAUGCUUGAAUUGACACAUUCCUCUACAAAGAAAAAAAAACAAUGGACUGUGGAAGCAAACGGGCCAGGGUUGAAGAUUUUGUAGAACAAAAAGUUGAUACACACUGUGCGGGUAACAGCGGUUUGCGGUGGUCAGUGGUUAACUUUCGGUAAGCGAUUCUUAAUCAUAGCUGGCUUGCAAUCAUCGAAUCGAUUAUGUGUUACAUAGACUCUCUUUGUUCAGUAGCUAACGACCGUUAUGCAAAAAUGUUUGUUAGAUUAAAAGAACUCGUUUUAGCCGAAGUUCGGCAUUAAGGAAAGCAUUAUAUAGGAAGUGUGUUCCUUAUAUUUUUGAAAACGGCAAUGUACUAUUAUUGUUAAAAAUUUUAGAUUUACCAUUCAUAAAUUAUAGAGGACGUUCUAGUUUCAUUCCUUUCCUACGUGUUAGAUAAAAGACAGACGAAACUAGCAAGAAACACACCUAUGAACAUAUGGAUAAAUAUGGAUGUAAAUAAAAUAAUGGAAAAAAUCGGACGCCGAAAGACGGUAAAAUAUAUCAGAACAACUUUUGAUUUAAUAAUAAAAGCUGCAAAGCACUGCCGCCAAGGCAGGCUCCAGCAAACAGUCACCAGGCACAAAUAUAAUUAUACAAUGUGUUCGGGAUAAAUUCAGACAGGAGCGAUGUUACUUCUUUAAAAACAGCAUCUAAAUGAAAACAGAUAUUGAGGUGAUUUUUCUGCAUCUGCUGACAUAGAUAUUUGCGAUGGACGUAUUUAAUAGACGUAACUGCCAUUUGCUUCAGUCACAGGUUUAACUUAAGACCUGAACCGGUCACAAGUUCAAAGAUGCCUCUGUUCAAUUAUCGAAGAGCUUUUAAAUGUUAUAGUAAGAGUAAGUGCAGUGAUAUCGGUGCCGCUAUGCUCUUAAGGCGUCGCUCAUACAAGCCAUGUGCAAAAAAUUAGCCAACCUACUUUCUGAGCUCACAGUAAGCCAAAUAUUUUAAAAAUAUAAAGCUCAGAAAAGGCCAAAAAAAAGAGGAAUGUAAAAGGGCGCAAAGGGUUCAAAAACAGCCAUUAAUGAUUACUGGCAAUAUCAAUUUACAGUACAGUACGACUUACUAUAAUAUAAUACGCGCUAUAACGAUAAACUAACAACGGCUGAGCCAUCAAAAGUGUUAGUCUCUAUUUCCAAUACAUAGUUUUUCCCCGUUGCACAGCUUUCUAACAAAAAGGUUCUCCAUUCAAAACUAGCCACUAUUCUUUGCAUUAUAGCUGCGAGAUCAUAAAAAAUAGCUUUUUGAGUCAUCUUGGUAAAUUUUCGUUUAGUUCAAUUUCUAUCAUGGGUAUUUUUAUCUGCCUUAUGGAAAUUUUUCCUAUGAAGAUAUCCUGAGAGGCCCCGUGAAUACAACAAUGAGGCGAACGGUAUCGAUCGCUUAUUUUAGGUAACUAAUAAAGCUUAUAACCUUGGUCGCAAGUUGUCCAGUGUGAAGACAUUAGAAGCUAGCUGACCUUCGUUGACAAGUUCAAGACGAGCCUACUGCCUUUGCCAUUGUAGGUUUAUGAUUUUGUUCAAAAAAAGCGAUCUUUUUUAGGUACCAUAAGCAGCGGCUGUUGUAGUUUAUCCCAAGCACCCUGUAUAACUGAACACGCGAACGACACGAGUCCCCUUUGGUUUGUGUAUAACGAAUUGUUCUUUAUUUGCAUGUACAUGACUUUAUAAAAUAUUGAAUGCGAGAGCUUAAACGAAAAUUGGAGGAAUAAAGUUGAAAAUGUGUAUACCAUUC